AUGAACAUCGUCCGCCGUCGCCCACGCGCCACCGCGGGCUUUUCGUUUGUCCGCGAUCGCGAGACGGGCGGUGAACCCCCCACAUCUCCGGACCUGCUCUCUUGGGUUGAGGACAACACCUUACGCCGCCUGGACCGCGGAAAAUACGUCCCCCUCGACCGCCCGGAUCCUUUGGUGCGCUCCACCAUCAGCAUCGCUUUUUCCCACGACGGCAGGUAUUUUGCUUCUACUCAUGGCGAUCAUUCCGUCAAGGUCUUCCGCUACCCCUCAGGAGAGCAAAUCGCAUGCCUCGAUGGCCACCCGCGCACCCCGUGGACCGUUCGUUUCCAUCCAAAAGAUUCCUCCAUCCUAGCCUCGGGCUGCUUGGGUUGCGAGUGUCGCGUCUGGGACGUUUCUCAAGGCGAAUGCAUCAGGAAGCACACUUUUGCUUCCAGCAUUUCUUGUGUCAGUUUCAAUCCAGACGGCAGCUUGCUCGCUAUUACGUCAGGUAGCAACUUGCUGCUUUGGAACUAUAUGGAGGCCGCGCCGAACAACUCUCGCUCCACGAGCUCCGCUAUCGACGACAUCCGCGGCCCGGGGGUUCCUCGAAAAUUGCUUGGCGGUGUGAACCCUUUUCACAUGGUCGACUUUCAUCCGUCAGGCACCAUGCUCAUGACGGGAGAGAAGAAUAGGUCUCCCCCGCCACCGACGGGCGCCCCGUCUAAUCAAGAGGAGCAGUUCACUCUCAAGCUCGUUAUCCACCGCUUUGAUCGUCGCAUUGUGAAGAAAUUUGAUGAUCCUGUGCUAGAGGUUCCUCGUGCGGUGGCGUACAAUGAUGCAGGCAUCCAUUUUUCUCCCUGCGGUACCAUGCUGGCGGCUUGCAUACCCGUGCACGAGCAUAGCGAUUCCUUUAAGAUUGCGGUCAUGUCACUUGUCAAGCGCAAUCAGAUCAAGAUCGGCACGGUCAUGUACGAGACGGCUCUGGAUAGAGGGCAUGUCACUGCUUUGACCAAUCUCAAGUUCUCAUCCACGUCACAUCACUUGCUGGCCGGCUUUUCGUUUCGGCCGAAGAAUCCAGUCCUUCGUGGGCACGCAGAACACUAUGAUCAGACAGCUGGACGGGGUGCCGAUGGUGGCAUGCGCCGUCCUAAUCAAGUAGGCGUAGUAGAUAUAUACAAUGUGAGUGAGAAGUUUGAAAUGAUCCGAAGCUUGCGCGCAGACAUGGAUCUCACAGAAGGUCAAGAAGGGGGGGCUGAGGAUGAGAUUAACGUGGCAGUAUUUGCGCCUGUGUUUGGCAUUGCGGACGGAGUUGUGUACGGUACUCAAAAGGGACGUAUCCGCAUGUUUCAGCAGGCUACUGGUGCUGACAUGAAGGCAGAGCCUUGUGGCGAAUCGCAUGCAGACAGUUGCAGCUCAUCGGCAUGGACAGGCUCAACAGCAACAACCUGGUCAUCUCAUAGGGCACCGUACGUUGUUCCGCCGAUCAGUCGAAGGCAACGCUUGAGAAACACACUGGUUCGAGAACAAGCUCCUUCUGGCGAUUAUAGGGACACCACACCAGGAAGUAAUCCAGUUCAGCUCCGUUAAUACUCGUUCACUGUCGUAGCACGGCAUGCCUAUGCAGGUUGGUCACAUGCGUGUGAAUAGCGCUUCCGUUUUUUAAUCACGGCCCGUAGUACAUAAGAUAGUCAGAUUGGAUACAAAUUAUUUAGUUGAAGCUUUCCCUGUUUCCGAUAAAAGUGGUCCAUUGUUUCGCGUCGGGUAUGUCGAUGGCGAGCAUGAUACAGAUGUCGUUAUGUGUUCCUU